UAAAAUUACGUCAGUCGAUUUUAAUACGCGGAAGGAGUGGGUGUACAAAUUAGUGUGUGAAAUCUGUUUUUAUAUUUACGUUAAUGAAAAUAAUGUUAGUGUGUUACAAUAGUUGUUAAAAAUUUAGGAGUGUUCAGUGUUUGUUUGUGAUUUGGUUAAGUGUAAAUAUAAAUAUGUGAGUGAUGUGUUGAUUAAAAAUUUGUUUACGAUGGAUGGCAAAGUGAAGUAUUACGAAGGUUGUGGACAGGAAGGGCCGAUUCGUUGUAUAUUUUUGUGUGAAUUCCAUCCGACCGCUGGGCCGAAGAUAACAUGCCAAGUGCCAGAAAAUUAUAUAUCAAAAGAUAUUUUUGAUACAGUCAGUCAUUAUAUCAUACCGAAAGUACAACUUCAGAGAUGCACAUUGACAGUCACCCUUCUCGGGUCGAAGAUCCUGGGCUUCCCAGUGAGGAUAGACAACAAAAAGUACGCUCGCAAUGCUUACUACUUCAACCUCUGCUUCGUUUGCGAUGCCUGGGCCAGGACUGUGCAUCUCGAACCUCUCGUCAAGAAGCUCACAGAAUAUCUGUUGUCAAUGGAACUGGAGACCGAAUGGCUGUCGAAACAGUCAAUUUCUGGCGAAGCUAAAGCACUUAGCGGCCUGAUGCGGCAGGUGAUGCAGGAUAUUAAUAGUCGAAGAAUGUGUACACUUACUGUUGGUACAACCACGACUCACUUGACUGUAGUCAGGGUCAACAGUGACCCUACACCAGUCAAAGACCAUCAGGUUCCAGUAUUCCUCUACAGCAGGCAAUCGUUCGUUGCUGAUCAAUGGGACCUAACUACAAACCAGAUCCUGCCCUACAUAGACGGGUUCAACCACGUGUCUAAGAUCGCAGCCCUGACGGACGUGGAAAUCAGUUUGGUGCGCGCCUGUGUUCAGAACCUCGUCUACUACGGAGUGGUCACGCUGGUGCCCAUCUUUCAGUACUGUGCUGUGUACAGCGCGACCCCGAAGUUAAGGCAGCUCACUCGGUGCGCGGGGCUGCAAAGACAGUGUGUCGAAUUCUGCGCACGGACUCCUCGCCAGCUGCCGAAAGUGAGCGACAUAUUCCGAAUGUACGCGGGCAUGUCGUACGGCAGCACCAUUAGAGAUCUCUGUCGGAGGAUGAAGCCGCAGGAGCUGGCCAUCAACGAGAGGAAACUCGUACUCUUUGGGGUACUAGAAGGACUGAUUAGAAGAGUGUAUAAGUUCCCAAUAACUCUUCACAACGACGACUCAGCGUCUAUUAUAAGUGACCACAGCCAACCACUCGUGCGCACGUACAACGGCCUGGUCUGUCUCGACGAACUAUGCUGUCAAAGCGGCCUGUCAGCACUGCAGAUUGAAGAACAGUUAGAAAGAGACAGCAACGUCAUCUUCAUAGUGAAAUGAAAGAGAUGGCAAGCUUUUUGUCUUUUACUACUACUAAUGGGAGCUCUGUGAGCAAAAUGGUCAUUGGUCAUAAUUAUAUCGAAUGAGCCUUUUGACGUUUUUAUGAGGAAUUUGUUAUCUGUGAAAGGUAAUUAAGGUGUUCCUGUAGUAAGACUUUUAGUCAGGAAAAAAUAUCUGCUCGACUUGACUUGUAAUUUUCAACCUUAUGGGCCGUUGAUAGGGUUCUAAAUGCUUUUGAAUACGAUAUCUAUGUCACACUUGAAGAGUCAGUGUGACAGUCUUUAUAGGUUUGAUUGAAUAAUAUUGGAAACUUGCGACAUAAUUAUUAAAAAAAAUUAAACUUAUCUACAGGAUUUUUUAAUAAUUGCGCUUGUUUACUCAAUUGCGUAUACGCAUAACCUAUAAUAUGAUUAAAAAUAAUUAUCUAAAUAUACGUAUUUCAUAUAGACGAAUCCGUGGAUGAAAAGCUAGUAUAUGUUUUUAUUAUUGUAUUGUAUGUGUAUAUUAUAUUAAGUACUGUAAAAAGAAGGUAUGUAUUUAAUUCUUGUAAAACUAAAAUUAGAGUAUAGUUGUCUUCUUCUAAAUAUAAGAGCGAAAAAAGGACAGCAAUACUUUAAUUCUAUGAUGAUGUACGAAUUUGGACUCUAUUAUGUUUAUGUAUAAAGAGUAUAUUCGCAAACCAAUGUCAAUUUUAUUAAAUAAUGUCAAUGACUUA